AUGGAUCCCUUCAACGAGUUGCCGAUGGAAAUUCGUCUGGAAAUCCUCUUGUCCGUUCGUACCAAAGAGUCCAUGGCCGCCCUCAUCUCUGCUUCGCCUACGCUCCUUCGAGUAUACCUUUCAGUCAAGGCCGAGAUCUUGCGCAAUCUGGUCGCUGCUGAUCUUGAUGAUGAGUUGAUUCAGCACGCCGUUGCAAUUGUUGAAUUCCCAGAUAGAACUCAGUUUCGAAAAGCGCAUUUGGCGGCUUGGAACGAAAGACAGCUGCCGAACCCCCUUCAAGGUCACUACCCUCAGAUCUUUGAGAAAGUCGACAAGCUACACAGUCUUAUCCUCCAUUUCAUGCAAGACUACAUCGCCAAAGCUACUUCUGACUUCCCCUCGAGGGAGUACCUUUGCCUACCAAACAUCCAUGCACCAGCUUUAGAUGGACAUACUGUGUUCCGUGGUCAGAAGAUGGGAAUCUUGCCCCGGACAGAUCUGCUCACAGACAGUGAGAGGAACAGAUUUCUCAAGGCUUUCCUGCUCUUCGAACUGAACUGCAAGGCCGUCGAAUCAGGCCUUGGUAGUCGCGUUCAGCAAAGACGUGGCGUCCCAUAUGAUAUCCCCAAGGUUCUGGUUUCCGACCGAGACAGUAACGCUGUGCGAUGUAUUCAUACCUACGUCUCCUCGUUGCAUGGAGCCAUUUUUGCCCAAUGUGGUGACGCCUGGUUGCCGGAGCCACCCAACGAGUCCUCGCUCGAACCGGGACUCAUGUUCCCAGACAGCCUCUACCCUGAUCCAAACAACUAUUUUUCUGAUCUUGGUAUCCCUCAACUCCAUGACGGUGGAGGGGCGGCAGAUUUUGCCAAGUUCGGCCUUGAGCUUGUCGUCGAGUUCCUCAGUUACGACAUUUCCGACCCCCAGCAGAAGGAGAGCUUGCUGAUCCGACUUGAGGAUUUCUGGCAUUCGUAUCAGCGUCGUGUAGCAAGGUAUAGUCACCUCAUCUUUGAAGUGUCUCCUCACCUUACAGAUGAGGGGCUCAUAUACGAUCACCUAAAGCGACAGCUCACAUCAACGAGGGAACUACAGAGGGAGGUCUUUCAACAGCGCGCUUGGGUGUUCUUUGAUGAUGCCCGCCUGUAUCCUCUUCGAUGUAUUGCCCCUCACUUCCCCUCGGCCGCAAUCCUCGAGAAUGAACGUUACAAUAUGGUCUGGUUCCAAGGCUGGGAGGACAACUCGGCCAGAAUCAGAGCCCUCUGCCGCUCUCAAAAGUGGCACGAUGACUACAAGAAGGAGAUGGAUUCGGACGCUUGA